GAGGGGUGCCAGGCCAGGUGUACGCGUCCGUCGGUCCUUCCGUGCCCGCGCCGGAGACCAGCCUCGGAAGCCGCCGGGCCCGUCCCUGAGCCCGGCACCAUGAAGCAGGAGUCCACAGCCCAGAACACCCCGCCCGCCUCGCCGCCCCUCUCACCAGCCCCCUCGCCACCCCCCUCGCCACCCGCGCAGCAUCCCCGGGAUGACAGCGACCCCCAAGCGCUGUGGAUUUUCGGGUACGGCUCCCUGGUGUGGAGGCCCGACUUCGCCUACAGCGACAGCCUUGUGGGCUUCGUGCGCGGCUACAGCCGCCGCUUCUGGCAGGGAGACACCUUCCAUCGGGGCAGCGACAAGAUGCCUGGCCGUGUCGUGACCCUCCUUGAAGAUCGUGAGGGCUGCACUUGGGGUGUGGCAUACCAGGUUCGAGGUGAGCAGGUGAGCGAGGCCCUGAAGUACCUGAAUGUGCGGGAAGCAGUACUUGGCGGCUAUGAUACCAAGGAAGUCACCUUCUACCCCCAAGAUACCCCUGACCAGCCACUCAAGGCAUUGGCUUAUGUGGCCACCCCCCAGAAUCCUGGCUACCUGGGCCCUGCACCUGAGGAGGCCAUUGCAACACAGAUCCUGGCUUGUCGCGGCUUCUCUGGCCACAACCUAGAGUACUUGUUGCGCCUGGCGGACUUCAUGCAGCUCUGUGGGCCCCAGGCACAGGACGAGCACCUGGCAGCCAUCGUGGACGCUGUGGGCACCAUGCUGCCCUGCUUCUGCCCCACCGAGCAGGCUUUGGCACUGGUCUGAGGGGCUGAGCCCCUGCAGGGAGUGUCCACGUAGACAUGGGGCCAGGUCCCCACUCCUGUGCACACAGCAGACUGCUGAAAGGACUUGGUGGGUGGCUGGGAGCUUCUGUCUCUAAGCCCCUGCCUGUCCCACCAGCCUCCAGUGGGACACUGACUGCCUGACACUGACUUACUACUUGAAACUAUUUAUUGCACCAUGUUGGUGUGGUGGGCAGGGUGGGGGGGCCUGCCCUGGACAUAGGGGCCCUGCUGAGCAGUGCCCCACCUCAGGCACCUGAUGCCUGAUGGAUUCCCCCCAGUGCUGCUGCUGCUAACCCCAUACUACCCAGGCCUCUGCCUCCCAUCCCCAGACCAACCACUCCCCAGCCCUGGAAAUAGACCAUGUGUGAAAAGUCCCAGCCUGCUGGGAAGGGACAUGGGGGGAGUGAGGAGAAGGGAGCCUUACAAGAACUGAGGCACCUGUGGGUCCUGCUCACCCCCCAGGUUCCCAAGACAGAACUGGAUCUGGAGCCUGGGCUCAGCUGCUGAGGCUGGGCCUGGGCCUCUGAACCAUUUGGCUGUUUCCUGUUCUUCUGUCUGUCUGCUUGUCUGUCUCUUGGUCUGUUCCCAGGAAGCUCAUCACUAUGGGCCCUGGUACCUCCCCAGUCUGUCCCAUACUGUUAUCUAUAAA